CCAAGAAUGAGACCACCACCUCCAUUUGGUUCGCGCUCCUUCAAGACACCGUGUUUACUCCGAAGUCCCCUUCUUCCGCCCGGCCUCGAACAAGAUGCACCUAUGAUCCAUUCGCUUGAACAAUUACUCGAAGCACCAGCAUGACCACCACCGACGAGGAGCCACCUCCGCGGUCCGAGUUGCCGAUGCCAGGCACGACGCCGCAAGACGACUACACACAAGACUCGGCGGCCCAUUCGCAGCCUCUCUCACUAUCGUUACCUCCUGAUGACGAAGCCACAAGGCUGCUGACCCGGAGCCCCCAUCCCUACCACCGCCGAAGCAUCCAGUUGCACACGUCCAAGGAGGCGCGCGCGGGGCUCUCCCCCAACCCCAGCGAACAUUCUUCGGGUUCAUCGUGGAGCUCCGACGUUGAAGAGGAGAAAAAGGCAGCUCAUGGCGCCGACAGCGGCUCCCGAGUUCCAUCGCGGAGCAUGAGCGAAAGCGGCACCGAGGCUGACGACGAGGGCUAUUCGUUCGUAAAGGCGCUCCCCGCGCCGCCGAUCAGGCCACACAAGGGAUUGAGGGACUUGAGAGGGACCGACAUCGAUGGCCUCAGGAGCGAAAGUCCUCUGCUUACGCCAAGCAUACUAGACGAGGAGAGCAGGAGGCUGAGCAAUCGCAGCGGAUAUUUCAAGGGGACCAGGAAGGCCUCGGAGGCAAGCUCGCCGAGCGAUGAGGAAGUUAGGAGGGAGAGAGAGAAGUUUGCCAAGAGGAGGCGCGCAGAGCUGUUGCGACGGGGAUUCGAGGUUAUUCUCGUGGGCGCAAUUGGCGCGCUCGUGGUGGGCGGCGCCGAAGCAACGCGGACGCUGCGGAUAUGGUCCCGAGAACUUUCUGCCUAUGCCCUUGUCUAUUCGGUUCUGAUACUUUCAUACCCCCUGCGACUCUUGUCACCUCGCGAUGGCCACGCGCCUCUCAAAAACCGCAUACGUAUACCAGCAGCCUUCGACCCUGCACCUCUCAUAUACCCCGCCGUAAUACCGAUUCUUGUGUCGUUGUCACUAUACCCCACGAUGGAGAAGAUUCUACUGCCGAAUAUUGUGCUUUCGCUCGCGGCAUUGCCGCCCCGGUUAAUACCCGUCUUUGGUCAAGGAACAGGCUACAGCAUGGAGCAUUGGAUUAUAUCAAUUCUUCCUCUGAUAAUAUCGGACCAUACGGACGUCCCUUCGAACCUCGACGCCGCGAAACCUUAUCCCCUGAAGGUGCCCGCGGAUGGGCUUCCUUCAGAAGUCAUUUCAUGUCUAUUUUUCCUUCACCAGGCGCUUUUGCCGCCAAUACAGUACCUUACGACGACGAGUCUUCUUUCGACGGAGCUCCAUCUCCUUUCUGUUUCUCUAAUUAACCUAUUGCUUUUCGCGGAGUCGCCCCAGAUGAUGAUCCUCAGCGCCAUCAUCUGGAUAGGCGGGCUCAGUCUUUUCAUUUUCUGCGGGCAUGUCCUGCGCUGGGGUGUUGCUCUAGCUCGUAUUCCGAAAUGGAGGUUUAGGCGCGCUGGCCACAUCAUCAAGGCCCGACAGUCAUUUCUGGCCAUUCUGAACCAGAGUUUGAAGGGGAAAACGAGCUCCCCUUCAAGGAGAAGAGACGAGAUCUCAGACAGCGAUGCCGACGAGGACGAUCUCUUGCUCCAGCACCAAGACGACGAUUUGGGGCUGAAGCCUGUCGAAUCGGCCCCGAGCACCAUGCAGGACCUGGCAGCGGCUACUGCGAGCAUGCCGCUUUCUGCCAUGAGCGCUGUGCGCGACGCUUUCUUCCAACCAAAGGAAGCUGAUGGAUUCCGGAGUGGAGGAAGACAGCGAAGCAGCACCCUACCGGACAUGAAAACCCCUCGCGUAACCUCGACCAAACUAGGAUCCCGCAGGAAGCGCACCAGGUCUUCAUACGCGCAAUCGUUCCUCGCUCUUACUCCUGCCCAGGCAACGCUCCGGAAAUGGCUCUACGCCGGCUACGCAUAUCUGGCCAUGGCUCUGAUCAUCCUCGUCCCGAUCCGGGAAUACAUCGCGAGGGCCGCGCUCGAUGGCGCCGAGCCCUUUGGCUGGGCCAUCGGCUACCUUUUCGGCAACAUCCGCGACGUCCGCUUCUGGAUCCACGACUGGAACCUCACGGGGUGGAUCGCACUGCCCGAGCUCCCAGAAGACAGCGAGACAAUCCGGCUCGGCUCCUCCGGCCGCAUCGACCAAUACCGACGCGCCGUGCUCGGCGAAGCCACAACCCGGCUCGCACUAACAGGCUACUGGCUGGGGAUCCUCGCCAUCGGGCUCUGCAUCGUGCUGCGCCUCAGCAGCGUCGCCGAAGUCGACACGCGGCGCAAAGUCUUCCACGGCAUGAUGGUGCUGAUGCUGCUCCCGACCAUCUACAUAGACCCGUGCUUCGUCGCGCUGACGCUCGCCCUCGUCCUCGCCGUCUUCCUCCUCCUCGACCUCGUCCGCGCCGCCCAGCUCCCGCCCCUCUCAAAGCCCAUCGCCGCCUUCCUGACGCCGUAUGUCGACGGGCGCGACCUCCGCGGCCCCGUCGUCGUCAGCCAUAUCUUCCUGCUCGUCGGCUGCGCCAUUCCGCUGUGGUUGAGCUUGGCGGGCACGGCGCGCACGGGAGGAGGCGGGGUGCGCGAGGGCGUUUCAUCACCUUGGAAGGGCUGGGACACGCACGCCAGAGACGCCAGCAUGGUUGCCGGCGUCGUGUGCGUCGGUAUGGGCGAUGCGGCGGCUAGUCUGGUUGGCAGGCGCUUUGGCCGCAGGAAGUGGCCGUGGAUCGGCGGCAAGAGCCUCGAGGGCUCGGCGGCGUUUGCGGGCGCUGUGGUGCUCGGGUUGUGUGCUGGGAAGGUGUGGGCGAGGGGUGGGGGGUGGGAGGCGUCUGGAGGGUCAGGGUGGAGCUGGAUGUUGCCCGGUCUCUGUGAUGUGGCCAAGGCGACUGUUGCUGGCUGCGCGGCUAGCGCUAUGGAGGCCGUGUUGACGGGGGGCAACGACAACGUUAUCGUGCCUGUGGUGCUGUGGCUGGUUGUUAGGGCUGUGGGGCUGUAGGGCUGUAGAUGCGGCGUGCUGCUGCUGCUGCUGUUGUUGUUAGUCGACGUAGAAUGCGAUCCGUGUC